UGGAUCAGUCGGUACCGCGUCGAUCCAGACUUGGUCGCGUGCAGUGAUCUCGGUCGGGACAGUGAUAUCGAUCACGUGAACUGCGGUGUAGUGGUGAGUUGGUGGCGUGGUGGAGUCGGUCGGGAUCGCACAUCCUGUGGAAAGCGGUUUCCUCUGGAGGCAGUCAGAAGGCAAUCAAGAUUCAUCGCAGCCCGGAAAUGCGAGAAAGUCAAGUUCUCCAUCGGGGCAAAUCAUGACAGGAACGUACCGAAGAUCGAAAGCGCGCACAAAGAUGAGGAGCAUGGCGCCAGGGGCGCGAGAUCCCCUGGUGAAAGCGGUCUCGGCGAAGAAAUCGGUCCUCCCGACGAGGAUUGCGCGUAUCUCGCUUUGAGGAUGGAUACCAACACGAGCAGGAAUUGGAACUCGGGCGGCAGGGCAUUCCUGCGGGGUAUCGGGCAACGCGUCAGCUUCGACCCCGAGGCGCCCCCACCGCCGUCCCAACCUGCCAGAAAGAUCGACGAAAAGGUGAAGAGGCACAGUAUCCACGGCAUGAUAGAGGAAGAGAACGUGGUGAGACCUCACCAGGAAAUGGCCAGUCUGUCCUAUCAAGAGAAGAAGUAUCUUCUCGCGGUGGAGCGGGGAGACGUGGCUUCCGUCAGAAGAAUGUUGCAAAGCGCCCAGGAAACCGAAAUGAAUAUCAAUUGCGUGGAUCCGUUGGGACGGUCCGCCCUAUUGAUGGCGAUCGAUAACGAAAAUCUGGAGAUGGUGGAGCUUCUGAUCGAGCACAAGGUCGACACGAAGGAUGCCCUCCUCCACGCGAUCUCCGAGGAAUUCGUGGAGGCGGUCGAGGUACUUCUGGAACACGAGGAGAGUCUUCAUCGAAAUGGGGAGCCACACGUUAGUCGCUUUCAUCGCCUAGUAUAUAGUUGGGAAGCCCUGCCAUCCGACACAGCCACAUUCACGCCAGACAUCACGCCCCUGAUCCUAGCCGCGCACAGAGACAAUUACGAGAUCAUUAAGAUUCUUCUCGAUCGCGGAUCCACGUUGCCUAUGCCUCACGACGUUCGUUGCGGGUGCGACGAGUGCGUGACAUCGAGGAGGGAGGAUUCCCUGAGGCAUUCCAGGAGUCGAAUAAACGCGUACAGGGCCUUAGCCUCGCCGUCCUUGAUCUCUCUUUCCUCAAAGGAUCCGAUCCUGACGGCGUUCGAACUCUCCUGGGAGCUGCGCCGCCUCUCGUUCCUCGAGCACGAGUUCAAAUGCGAAUACCAGGAGCUUAGAAGACAGUGCCAGGACUUCGCUACCGCCUUGCUGGAUCACACGAGAAGUUCGUACGAGUUGGAGGUGCUGCUGAACCACGACCCCACCGGGCCGGCGUUCGAGCACGGCGAGAGGAUGCAUCUGAACCGGCUCAAGCUCGCCAUCAAACUUCGACAGAAGAAGUUCGUGGCCCAUCCUAACGUGCAGCAGUUACUCGCAUCGAUUUGGUACGAGGGUCUUCCGGGGUUCCGGAGGAAAAACAUGGUCCUCCAGGCGUUGGAGAUAGUGAAGAUCGGCGUUCUAUUUCCUUUCUUCAGCGUCGCGUACAUCAUCGCUCCCCACUGCGUGGUCGGCCAGACCAUGAGGAAACCGUUCAUCAAGUUCAUCUGUCACUCGGCCUCCUACUUCACCUUCCUCUUCAUGUUGAUUCUGGCUAGUCAGAGGAUAGAGAGCGUGAUUGGAAAUUGGAUGGGCAGAGACGUGGUAGAGCAGGAGACAGUGCCGACGAAAAGAGGAGCCGCGCCUACCAUCAUCGAAUGGUUCAUCCUGGCGUGGGUAUCGGGCCUUAUUUGGUCCGAGGUGAAGCAGCUGUGGGACGUCGGCCUCGAGGAGUACGUGAACGACAUGUGGAACGUGAUCGACUUCGUAACCAACUCCUUGUACGUGGCCACCGCCGCUCUAAGGGUGGUCGCCUACUACAGGGUCAAGUGGGAGAUCGAGAAAUCGGGAUCGGAGAACGAGCUACAACGCGAACAGUGGGACACGUGGGACCCGAUGCUCAUAUCAGAGGGGCUCUUCUCCGCCGCCAACAUAUUCAGCUCCCUGAAACUCGUCUACAUUUUCUCCGUAAAUCCUCAUCUCGGCCCCCUGCAAGUCUCCCUGUCCAGAAUGGUGAUGGACAUCAUGAAGUUCUUCUUCCUCUACGUGCUGGUGCUGUUCGCGUUCUCGUGCGGUUUGAACCAGUUGUUGUGGUAUUACGCGGAUAUGGAGAAGAAGAGGUGCCCGACCGCCAUGUCGUACGCCCCUAACGCCAGCGUGACCACCGAUUCGAACGCUUGCAUCGUUUGGCGUCGAUUUGCAAACUUGUUCGAAACCACCCAAACCCUGUUCUGGGCCGUUUUCGGCCUGGUCGAUCUCGAGAGCUUCGAAUUGGACGGUAUCAAAGCGUUCACCAGGUUCUGGGGUAUGCUGAUGUUCGGCACGUACUCGGUGAUCAACAUCGUCGUUUUACUGAAUCUAUUGAUCGCCAUGAUGAACCAUUCCUAUCAAUUGAUCUCCGAACGCGCCGACAUCGAGUGGAAGUUCGCCAGGAGCAAGCUUUGGAUUAGCUACUUCGAGGAGGGUGGCACGGUGCCACCCCCGUUCAACAUCAUCCCGACCCCGAAGAGCGUCUGGUACAUGGGGCAAUGGCUGUACCGGAAACUGUGCGGACACAGCAGAGCGGCCAAGAAGGAGCACAUGAGGACGAUCAGGAGGAAGGUGAAGCAGGCGUCGGAGAGGGACUUCAGGUAUCAAAGCAUCAUGAGAAAUUUGGUGAGGAGGUACGUGACGGUCGAGCAAAGGAAGGCGGAGAGCGAGGGGGUGACGGAGGACGACGUGAACGAGAUCAAACAGGACAUCAGCGCCCUUCGUUGCGAAUUGAUCGAGAUCUUGAAGAAUUCCGGGAUGAACACCUCGACGGCCAGCGGCACCGGAACCGACGGUAGCCUUAAAGAGCUGUCCAUAGGUGCGGGGGGUAAGAAGAAUCGUCAGAAGGAGCGGCGGCUGAUGAAAGGUUUCAACAUCGCCCCUCAACCGAGCGGAAGCGGCUCCCUUCCCCCGGUCGACGAGUUCACAGCUUCGUUGCAGCAAGCGCAACAGGAGAACUCGCACGAGCUGUUCGGCUCGACGUUGAGCGGUAUAUUCGGGCCGGGUACGACGCCCAAGAAGAGCCCGCACCACACGAGCACGAACAGCGUGCCAGGCCUCGGGACGAGCAGGCAGAGCCGUAGGAUAAGAGGAAGCUCGAAGAAAAAGAGAUGGGAGAAUCUGAUCGAGGCGGCCAAAGUUCGUGGCAAGGUUUCCAGGCUGAUCGGUAAGUCGAGUCUUCCCAGAGACUUCCCUCCGAUCGAUUCCCUCCUUUACGAUGCGAAUUCCUACGAAUACUAA